AUAUUCCUGUAAUUUUGAAACGUAGAAGUUGGUAAAUAGAAGUCUUUUAUUACACGUUAUGUUGUAAUCAUACAAAAACUUCGUCGUUUCAUGAAGUUUGUAAAAUGAGCGGUUUAUCGGAGGACGACAGUUCCGACAGUAACGAUGAUUUUCGAGUAAACUCGGAAAAGAUAACCGCAAGUUGCAGCUUUUUCGAAAAGAAACCGAAGUCUUCCUCUGCUUCGAGUGAUACCAAAGAUGAAAGCAGCGACGAGGAGGAUCUCGAAGAUGUCAACGGAGCAAGCAACAUUGAACUGUUUGCUCAAGUUCUGAAAAAUCUGGAAAUCUCGCAACAGUUUCAACUCAAUAAUGACAAUGUCAAGAAAGAACAAUCGUUUCUGGACCCUUCCGUGCCACAGAGAAAAGAGGAAAAAGGGCAUGGAUUGAAAAUAGAAGGGAAAGAUGCUGCGUCGUCCAACGAGAUUAACGAACUUCUACUUUUAGGAGAAAACGUCACCGGUUCGCCUGAUAAAAAUGAUUCUAGGAAUACAAGUAUAAAAGAAGACACCGUAGAUGCUACAGAGUACACUAUUCCUAAGGAUGGCAUCGAGAUUAUUCUACCUGGUACGAGUUCCAUGUUAAAUAACAAGAAGAAAAACGGAGGGCAGAGUUUGAAAACGCUUCUUCUGAGACGACUGAAGGCUAAUGAAAUCUAUAUAGAAAAGGUAGGAUUACUCUGUUGGCUAGCAUAUGGAUUUCAUUUGAAUAAACAGGUAAAUGAACCCGAAGUAAUGUCAACUGCGUUAUCGUUACUUUCGACCAACUAUUAUCCAAAGAACCGAGUAGAUCUCGGUUACUUAGAAAAGUUCACGAAGUGGUUCAAGCAUGUAUUUACAUUCGACUGCGUUGAAAAUAAUGCCAAUAAUCGUAUAGACACAGAGAGUUUGUUGAAAGUAUUACGAGAAAAAAAGAUCUGCGAUUAUAGAGUGUUGGUAUUAUUGUAUGUUGCCACAGCAAGGGCUCUAGGAUUAAAUUGUCGAUUAGUCGUAUCUCUCUGUCCACCUCAUAGAGCGUUAAGAGACAAUCCGCUGUUUAAACUCGACAGACCUAAUCAACAAGAUAAGUCUAAAAGCGAUUCUAAUACGUCUAAAGGUAAAACCUCUUCAAGGAUGAACAAAAAGAAAACUUGUGAUGUAGUUAAAAACAGUCCAGAGGCAGAGAAGAUCGCUAAAAUGGAAGCCAAGAAAAGGGCAGCGGAAGUUUUACAAUCAAAAUCGCAAAGCUCGAAGAGAAGUAAAUCUAAUAGUAACAAGAAGACUAAAACUGAGCCAACUAGAAGUACAGGAAAAGAAAGUGAGUCUAAGCUCGCAGAGGAAGGAAUAGAAGUAUCUGGUGUACGUCAGUUGAGAUCUCGUAGAGUUAACGUCGUAGAAGAUAGUAAAGCAAAGAAAACUAGAAUCUCAAAUUCAAAAAAUGAUGCCAUCGAUGGCACUCGCUCAAAGUAUUACAUCGAUGAAGAUUCUGCGGAUUCCGAGGCAGAGUUUCAACCCAAGCCACAACGUGUGACAAGAAGGAAGUUAAUGGAUAACAACGAAGAAACAACGCAGAGCUCUAAGAACCCUAAAGCGAAGAACAAAAAAUUGUUGUCUUCUGACAGUGAAAUUGAGGAUGGAGAUAAAAAGAAAAAGGGGCAGGAUCUCUGGGCAGAAGUGUACCUAGAAUCAGAGGAGAGCUGGAUUAGUGUGAAUGUGAUGGAUGAAAAAAUUCAUUGUGUUGCUGAUGUGUAUAGAAAAGCAUCAAAACCAGUAUUAUAUGUGGUAGCCUGGAACUCUGAGAAUUUAAUAAAGGAUGUAACGAAGCGCUACUGUCCCCACUGGCUCACAGUCACACGCAAGCAGCGCAUCGAAGAGAAGUGGUGGGUCCAAACAUUGUCUUACUGGAAGGAAAAGGACACUGCUAUUUCAAGAGCGGAAGAUGAGAUGUUCCUACAAAAAGAAUUGGAACAACCACUGCCUAAGACAAUCGGAGAAUGCAAAGGACACCCACUGUAUGUUCUUACGAGGCAUUUACUUAAGUUUGAAGCAUUGUACCCUCCGGAUUGUGUCCCAUUGGGAUAUACUUCUACUGGUGAACCUAUCUACUCUCGCCACUGUGUGCACACGCUCUGCUCGAGGGAAACGUGGCUGAAGAAAGCUAGAGUUGUGAAGCCGAAGGAGGAACCUUACAAAAUAGUAAAGGCCCGUCCAAAGUACGACAAGCUGACCAAAAUGAAGAUCAAUGAUCUAUUGCUGGAGGUGUUCGGUGAGUGGCAGACCACAGAGUACGUACCACCUGAAGCUAAGGAUGGUAUAGUUCCACGAAACGAGUAUGGAAACGUGGAUUUGUUCAAACAAUGCAUGCUUCCAAAGGGCACAGUCCACAUAAAUCUUCCAGCAUUGAACCGUAUCGCUAGAAAGCUGAAUAUCGAUUGUGCCCCAGCCGUUGUGGGUUUUAAUUUUGGAUGCAUGGGCGCUGUGCCUGCCAUCGAAGGGUACGUAGUCUGCUCAGAGUACGAGGACACAUUGCGAGAGGCUUGGGAGGCAGAGCAAGUGGAGGCGGCUAAACGAGCCAAAGAGAAAAGGGAGAAAAGAGUGUACGGGAAUUGGAAGAAAUUGAUUCAGGGUUUGUUCAUAAGGGAACGAUUGGCUGCGAGGUACAACUUUUCGCAGGAGACAACGUCUUCCACCGGGGGCAAACGAAAAGAACGGUUAACGAGGGACGCGAAGAAGGCUAGAGUUUCGUAAAUCUCAUGGGGAACUUCUUCUCGAUAAGUCAAAGAAAACUUUUCUGUUCCACUUAAAAAUAUUUCAUGUAGUUGUAAAUGAUUGCGUGGCAACUUGUAUAUUUUGUUAGACAUAACAUAUAUAUAUGUUAAAUAAUAUGUUGAAAUAGUUUGUUAAUUUCUUAAGAAGAGAAAAAUGCACGUGCGAUUGUAAACAUUAAGAAUUUUUUCUCAAUAACGCGUUCAGUCAUACUUUUUUAUACUUCAAAUUUAUUUUUCUAUCUUUUUAUAAAUCCCUUGGUAAGGAUUUAGGAUUGUAAUUAAUUAAUUUAUUUUUUUUUUUUAAAUGUUUUUCUGUAUUUAUCAAGUAUUAUUAGACUUUCGGUAAUAAUGAGUAUUUAGAAUCUACGAAAUUGAUAUAGUGUACAUAAACCGCGAAUUUUGUAAAAUUAUCGUAAUAAAGUAAUAUGUUUGUACAUUAUA